CCGGAAGUGACGCCCUCGGGCCGCGCCCGGCGGGGCAUGGCGUCGGAGCGAGGCGGGCGCACCCUGGCUCCCGGUGCUGGGGCCCGGGCCGGGGUCGGAGAAUCCGCGGGGCGCCGGGGCCGAGGGCCGGGGCAGGCGCGUCCGCUCGCUGCCUCCCGUGUGCCGCGGAGAUAGGAGGCGCAGCCCGGCGGCUGGGACGCCCGGCCGGGCCCUGGCCCGUGCUCAGCCGGCGCGAUGCUCUUCUCGCUCCGGGAGCUGGUGCAGUGGCUGGGCUUCGCCACCUUCGAGAUCUUCGUGCACCUGCUGGCCCUGUUGGUGUUCUCCGUGCUGCUGGCACUGCGCGUGGACGGCCUGGCGCCCGGCCUCUCCUGGUGGAACGUGUUCGUGCCCUUCUUCGCCGCUGACGGGCUCAGCACUUACUUCACCACCAUCGUGUCCGUACGCCUCUUCCAGGACGGAGAGAAGCGACUGGCCGUGCUCCGGCUCUUCUGGGUCCUCACGGUUCUUAGCCUCAAGUUCGUUUUCGAGAUGUUAUUGUGCCAGAAGCUGGUGGAGCAGACUCGGGAGCUCUGGUUCGGCCUGAUCACGUCCCCGGUCUUCAUUCUCCUGCAACUGCUCAUGAUCCGCGCCUGCCGGGUCAACUAGCCUCGCAGAGGAGCCGGAGGGGAGGAGCUCUGGGUAGCUAGAAUGCUGGACUCCAAGCUGAAGUCCCACUUCCACUGCACCAGAGAAGUCUGGGUCUGAAACUAAUGCCAGAUUGCGUCUUGCAGCGUGCCCAGUUUGCUCUAUACCAGUCGUGUCUGAAACCGUUCUCCCAGCAGGGCUGAAAAGAACAGCUUUGAUCCUUAAAAUGUGUUUCUUGUUAUUUCACGCUUUAAAUAGCUAAUCCUGAAUUGAGAACUCCUCUGAGAGUUGGAAGCCAUAUAAGUGAAACACCCCGAUGGGGUCUGAGUGUUUUCAUGGAUCCUGAGAAAUCACCCCUUGCGCAAAGGCUGCAAAGCCAGUCUCUGGAAUUUCCUCUGGCUCGCAUCACUGACCUAAAAGCUCAGUGUCCCAUUCACCCAAACUUCCUUAGAGGUUUGAGCUCUAAAAUGUGCAAACUAGCUUGUGUCUCCUCCCCUGUGCCGCUGGGGAAAGGAUGGUCCUUUCUUCAUGUCAGCCCAGGUGACAGGAGUGUGUUGAGUAAGCAUGAUCUUGACUCUAUCCGGAGAUCUGUCGCCUGAGGAAAGAACUUUGCUUAAUUUAAAGGCUCUGCUUGGCUUCCUAUCCCAGCAGAUUGCAGUAUCAUGACUUUUCCACCACCUUGUGGCCGGCACUGUUAACACACCUGAGACAGAAUUGGGCCUCCCUAGGGGACCGGAGAGAGAGGAACAGGUGCUUGCGAUGCUCAUCGGCUUUGAGACCUGCGAGUGUGAAGUUUGAGAAUGGUCUCAGCCCACAUUCGUGGGCCUGAGGUCUUUGGUUUGAUGCCAGUCAGGUGCCAAAUGAGAACAUUUGCUGAGAUAAAAAUAAAAUGAGAAUGUUUUGCUGAAA